AUGGAUGCAUUCGCCCCUCCUGCACGCCCAAGGGCCAAGGGCAAACGGAAAUAUGAACACGAGCCCUUCAUGAGGGUCGGCUCAUCCUUCAUCAACUCGGACAGUUCCUCGUACGAGGCAACCGGCUCCAAAUCCUCCGACCAUGGCAAAGUCGUCUCUCAGUCAUCCGUAUUGCUGACUGGUCAGUCUGUUGAUAACACGGCCAGAGAUUGCACGCGGUCCCCGGUCUCCACAGUGAGUCGAUCAAGAGCGGAAGCUCCUGCUAAUGGGUUUACCUUCGUCAUCAGUACAUCCGAUGAUUUCAAGUUUGGUCAGCGUUCGAGCCUAGGGCGAAGCGAUCAUCAAUCAUCACUGUCUUUGAGAGACCGUGGGCCUGCGGAGAAACGGCGACGACUGAGUAAUUUGACACAGCCAGAUCAGAGACCCACGUUGAAACCGAGUCGGCCAAUUGCGAACUCAGAUCAGGUGAACAGCGAUGUAUGGCAGACCAUCCUUGGUUAUUGUGAACCGAAACUUCUUCUGGAGGUCAAAACCCUUAAUUCAGCCUUCAAUCGCCUGCUAUCUGAUCGGUCCGCUAUCUGGAAAGCAAGCAGGCAGAAUCACUUCGGGCCCGAUAUGCCUGAUUGCCCUCCGGGCUUGACAGAGCAGCAGUAUGUUGACCUACUGGCAGGUCGUGGAUGCCAGAGCAGUACUUGUCCAAACGAGAACACCGCGAGGGUGUUCUGGACGUUUCAAGUCCGGCUUUGCGCGAGAUGUUUUAAGGAAAGGACCGUGAGGGCCGACGAGCUCCCUUUGCAGCGGAGGCAUAGCAUCCCGCUAUGGAAAGAGGAAGACUCUGUAAAAGCUGCGAUGGAGCUUUGGGAACUGCUUCCAAUGGCAUGGAGUGAUGGACGACGUUACAUGCGACCUCGUUCGGUCGAUGAAACCGCCAACGGCUGGAGAGCCGAGUCCAAUUCAAGUCAUUUCACUUUCCUCAAAUCUUCCUAUGCGACGUUGGAAGCUGAGUACAUUGACCUUCUCUCUCACUCACCUACCGGUGGUGGAGCAGUUAAAGAGUGGGUAGAUGGUAUUCACAAACAAACGAUGGCAUUUAUGGCGCAGGUCAAGAAUACGGAGACCUGGUUCAAGUCGCAGAGUACGCCAGAUAAGGACCUGCAGCAGGUGAGAAUUGACUUCUUUGAAGCGCGGGCCGCGCAAUUAUCCCCCCCCCUGCAAAGCCAGAUGCUGUGGAACAUGGCAGCUUUCCGGCGAGUGGUGAGGGUUCCACAGGCACCGUCAGAAAGAUCUUGGAACACGUUGAAAGCAAAGAUCUUGCCCUACCAGGCACAAGCGGCGCAAGUAGAAAUUUUCAAAGCUGCCAUGGCCCGUGACAGCUUCCCACAGAUCUGUCCCAAUAUCAAAUUGUUCCAAAGAUUGCACGACCACCGGUCUGGGCGAAACAAAUCCUGCCGCAGCCUGCAAAGCGAACAAGCAUUCGUCCUUCGACUAGGCCGCGAACAAUUCGCCCGUUGUGUCCAGGAUAAAGUGGCAGACGCAGACCUUCUUUUACUAUGUCUGAAGCGGGUGUACGAUGCUUACGAACAGCGCAAAGAAACAGGAGGAUGUCCAGUAGGACUCAACUAUGAUGGCUCGACAGGCCCGUACGUUUUGACCCUGGAUGAUGCUCGCAUGAUCGUGAAGGACGUCUUGAUGGAAGAGAUCUCUCCACGAUCUCAGCGAGGAGAGACGGUCUUCCGAAGUCUCAGAUGCCGAGGCUGCCGUCGCAGCGAUUUUGUCAAGACGUGGAAUUUCUCCGGAGCAUUCGAACACAUGUUGACUGCGCACGCUCAACAAGUCGGCGAAGGCUUGGAGUUCUGGCGGUUUGCUAUUCCAUACGGCACGUGGAAACCACCUGAUAACGAAGAUGAACCAUAUCGCUUCCCUUGGUACCGGGUGCCUUGGCCUAAGUGUCUACCCCUGGCUCCGGUUCACCAAGAUACGCGGGAACUGGAGCCCUGGCAUCCAGACUCCGCCGAACCAUACCGUCCUUUGGAGAUCCGCACAACGGUGUCUGCCUUUGCUGGGCGCCGGCCCCGGCAGAACGAUAUCCCAGACACUGACUUUGCUGGGAACCUGAUCUUCGCGGCGAGUACUCUGAGGGGUGUACGGGUCGAUGGUUCUUGCCAGAUGAAGAUUGCUUUGAAAUAUGCCAUGGAUCGUUACGCUGCCACUUCAGCGACGGAGGCGCCACUUUCCAUGUUCAGGGACGGUGUCGAGGGAGUGCGGCAAGCCAAUCCGGCGAUCGACCUCCGAUUCCGAUGCGGAGUGUGUGUUGGGGAUGAAGACAUUAUCCAAAGCGCGAAACACGUCAAAUACAGGGUCCCAGUUGAAGCGCUUGUGAUUCACUGGAAGGAGAAGCACCAGGGUGGAGAGGCUAACUGGGGCCAAGGCCUCAUGUGCCUGCCAUCCGACAGCGAAGUGAUGGCGCAGAUUGCAGAGUCCGACCAGAGUCUACAGCAGGAAAAGGAACUUGCCAAAGCCAGAGCGGCUGAGCUUCCCACGAAUGUCAGGAAGCGACCAAAAUUAAAGACCAGCGUGGUGCUGCAGACACGAUCAGGCAGCGAAGUAUUGGAGGAGCUCUUUCCCCAAGAGACCGACGUACUCUCAGGCGACAAAGGCAGUAAAGCCAGUCCUUCAGGGGACUAUGAUGGGAAGAUUGAAGAACAUGCCGACAGGAUGAUAUUAUGA